GCUCUGGAGGGUUUUGAGAUGUAAAAACAAAACUUUCAAAUCUGUUCCAUGGCACCAGGCAACCAUUCAGCAGUGUCUGAGUUUAUCCUCUCAGGACUCACAGAUAAUCCAGACCUUCAGAAGAUUCUUUUUGGUAUAUUCCUAGUGAUCUAUUUAGCUAGUGUCCUGGGUAAUCUUGGUUUGAUUAUGCUCAUCCAAGUCAGUCCUCAACUUCACACACCCAUGUACUUUUUCCUCAGCCACCUGGCUUUCGUGGAUUUUUCUUUUACUUCUUCUGUCACCCCAAACACCUUGGUGAAUUUUCUGCGUGAAGUUAAAAGCAUAACAUUUUAUGCAUGUGCCAUCCAGGUGUGCUGCUUCAUCACAUUUGUAGUUUGUGAACAGUACCUGCUCUCAAUCAUGGCAUAUGAUCGGUAUGUUGCCAUCUGCAACCCUUUGCUCUAUGUCAUGCUCAUGCCUAGAAAACUCUGUAAUCAAAUCAUUGCUAGCACAUACAUUUAUGGAUUCACUGUGGGGCUUGUACAGACAGUAGCAACAUUCCACUUGUCCUUUUGUGACUCCAAGGUGAUCAACCACUUCUACUGUGAUGACGUUCCCUUGGUUGCUCUGGCCUGUUCUGACACCCAAGUCAAAGAGCUGCUGCUGUUAAUCAUUGCUGGAUUCAAUACCCUUUGCUCUCUCCUGAUCGUGAUCAUUUCUUAUGCCUUCAUCCUCUUUGCCAUCCUGAGGAUCCAUUCUACUGAAGGAAGACAGAAAGCUUUUUCUACCUGUGCUUCCCAUCUGACUUCCAUCACAAUAUUUUAUGGGACAGUCAUUUUUAUGUACCUACUGCCCAAGUCAAGCCAUUCUCUGAACACAGAUAAAUUUGCUUCUGUGUUUUAUGUGGUAGCGAUUCCCAUGUUAAACCCCUUCAUCUAUAGCUUGAGAAACCAGGAGGUAAAAAACUCCCUGAAAAGAAUAAAAGAUAAUUUGUGUUUAGCUAUUAAAUAA